GUUUUUAUAUCUUGCUUGUUUCAACAAUAACAAACUACUUUUUCUAUACAACAGUUGUAUAACAAGAUACAAUGAAAAGUGUCGUAUUUGGUGUAAUCUUUGGUUUGAUUUUAGCCAGAAGCAUAAUUUAUAUAUUACCUAUUUACAUUUAUCAUUAUAUACCUGAAUUCCCUGAUCAUUUUUGUUGGGGAAUUGAUGAAAUGUGUACAAAUGAUACAAAUAUAUAUCAAUUCCAUUUGAAAAUUGAAACAGAGGAAAUAAAUGAUCUACUUGCCAGGCUAAACAACACAAGAUCAUUUACACCAGCUUUGAGAGAAACUCAAACUCAAUAUGGUUUAAAUGGGGACGUUUUAAAAGUGCUCAUUAAUUUCAUUAGAGAGAGCUACAAUUUUACGGAACGUCAAUCUUUCUUGAAUAAGUUUCCGCAAUAUACUACAAAUAUUCAAGGUCUGAAUAUUCAUUUUCUUCAUAUAAAAUCUAAAAACAAAGGAAUGGUACCCAUUGUACCAAUACUGUUACUCCAUGGAUGGCCUAGCUCAGUUAGAGAGUUUUACAAUUCCGUUGAAUUAUUUGAAUCAAUGAAAAAUCAAACAAAAUUUUCAUUUGAUUUGGUAAUACCUUCUCUCAUUGGUUUUGGAUAUUCUGAUGGAUCUGCUAAACCAGGUUUUCGAGUCACUCAUGCAGCAAAUAUAAUGAAAACCUUGAUGAACCGUCUGGGUUAUGAAAGAUUUGUAGUACAUGGUAGUGAUUGGGGCGCCAUUACGGUAACUGCUCUAGCUACAUUGUAUCCAGAUUCAGUCAUAGGAUUGCAUUCAAAUUUUUGUUUGUCUUUGAGAACAAUUACACUCACCAAAUUAGUUAUUGGUGGAUUAUGGCCAAGUGCAGUAGUCGAAGAGAAAUAUGAGAGUGAACUUUAUCCUUUAGCCAGAUUAUUUAGAUUUCUCUUGGCCGAAUCUGCGUAUUUUCAUCUUAUGGGUACCAAACCGGAUACUAUAGGACAUAUAUUAGAUAAUAAUCCCAUUGGUUUAAUUACAUAUUUGUUUGAGAAAUUUUCUGUUGGUAAAAAUAAGGACAAUAUUUAUUCAACAACGGCAGGAUUACAACAUUUUGAUUUAACGACUAUAAUGGACAUAAUUUUAUUUCAUUACUGGUUUCCGAAAAAGGCAACAACAGCUGCUAGAUACUAUUGUGAAAAUUCCAGCAUAGAAGGACUCCUAUCAGGAUUACACAAUAUACCUAUAGAUACAAGUGUUCCUUGUGGAUGUGCCUUUUUCGAAGAUGAAUUCAUUUAUCAACCCGAGAGUUUUCUUCGAGACAAGUAUCCAAAUUUAAUUCAAUAUAAUACUUAUCCUGCAGUUGGUCAUUUUGCAGCGAUAGAAGCUAAUGAUGUUCUCACGAAAGAUAUUAUUUUAUUUGUUAAUAAAUUAUAUGAAUCUAAUUUAUUGUAAUGCGCUUUGUAUAUUUUUACUUAACGUGGAAGUGUUGUUUAAAGCUGAUACGUCCCAUAAAAUAAUUGAUAACAUAAUGAUAUUAAAUAUAUGUUAAUAGUUUUUGAAAAAUAUACGUAAAUACAAACUAAAUGAAA